AUGAAGUCGUUCCAGUUCAUUGUUACACUUUUCGCUAUCGUAUCGCUAGACCCGGUCUGCGUCAUUGGCUUUCAGUCGGAAGCUCAUGCUCAUGCGGAGAUCUCAAACAAUGCGGCUACUAAUGGGUUACGACGUACACAAAGUGUCAACUCGUCAACCAUGGAGCCUCUUGCUUCGGGAUCGUCUACAAGCUUGACUAAUAAAGCAGAAGCACCAACGCCAUUUAUGAUUCUUCUGCCCGACAAUCUGGCCAUGAGCUACUCGGGCUCCGGAAGAGACAUGUUUUUAGAUGGCUCUGUAGGGAAUGACGACAGUAGCGAGAGCACAUUAGCUGGUUCUGAUAAAAUCGGCGACAAUGUAUCGGGCUCUCUAUCCACUUAUAUUUCUGGGCUGGCAACGGGGGCAACUGCAGUUACGAUCUGGAUUGCUCUUGUGAUAGCGUGA